AUGCUGGAAUCAGUUGGCAAGCUUGCUGAUCGUCAUGCAGCAACGCAACCAGCUACUGUUCGCCGAGAUGCACCGCUCGGAUCAGAUCUGAGCAAUCCCGAUUUUAAUAUAAACCUUUAUAUGGAGCACUUGCAAGAAUUAGCUCCAAAAGUGUCGAAUCGGAUACGAUUUCUAAUCCUCAAUCUUCUCGAUCUGCGCAGAGUAAUGUUACCCUAA